GAAGGAGAGAUAGAAACUGCAGGUCACCACUCUUGGGGGGCGGAGAGUGCUGGAGGAGGAGUCAACAAUAGGUAUGUAAUACUAUUUCAAGGAAAAGAGGCUGAGUCAGAGGCUACAGCAUAUAAAUCUCCAGUCCUGCCUUUGGGAGAUAAGGGACUGGAACCCAGACGCUCAAGUCUAGCUUGCAACGAUCUACCAGGGCCACCUCUAAUCCAGUCUGCUCCCCAGCGAUCUCAGGCGCCUGGCGAGUGUUUUUUUGACACCAAGAUUUGGCCAUGACUGGAUGGAAAUGCCUUGUGACAGGAGCAGGAGGGUUUUUGGGUCUCAGGAUCGUCCGCUUGUUGGUGGAGGAGAAGGAACUGCAGGAGAUCAGGUUACUGGACAAAGUCUUCAAACCAGAAAUCCAGGAGGAAAUUUCUAAGCUGCAGGGGAAGGUGAAGCUGACAUUGCUGAAAGGGAGCAUUCUGGAUGAACACUGUCUCAGGCAGGCCUGCCAGGGCGUCUCGGCCGUCAUUCACGCCGCAUCCCUCAUUGACUACAUGAACGUUAUCCACCGAAACACCAUAAUGAAUGUCAAUGUGAAAGGGACCCAGAUGCUGCUGGAGGCCUGUGUCCAGGCAAGCGUGCCCACCUUCAUCUACACCAGCACCAUCGAGGUGGCCGGGCCCAACUCCUACAGGGAGGCCAUCGUGAACGGGCGCGAAGAAGAGCUUCACAAGACCACCUGGUCGGCCCCGUACUCGGUGAGCAAGCAGCUGGCCGAGGCGGCCGUCCUGGCAGCCAAUGGGAGGGGGCUUCAGAAUGGCGGCACCUUGUCCACGUGUGCCCUGAGGCCCAUGUACAUCUAUGGGGAAGGAAGCCAGAUCCUUUAUUACAGUGUGGAUGGGGCGCUACAGAACAACCACAUCCUGUCGAAUCACUGUAGCUACUCCGUUGUCAACCCCGUAUACGUGGGCAAUGCGGCCUGGGCCCACAUUCUGGCUCUGAGGGCCCUGCAGGACCCCAAGAAGGCUCCCAGAGUCCAAGGACAGUUCUACUACAUCGCAGAUGACACGCCUCACCAGAGCUAUGACAACCUCACCUACAACUUGACCAAAGAAUGGGGCUUCUCCCCCAAUCCCAGAGGGAGCCUGCCCUUGAGUCUGAGGUACUGGCUGGCCUUCCUGCUGGAGAUGGUAAGCUUCCUGCUCAGCCCGAUCUACACCUAUCACCCGCCCCUUAACCGCCACUGGCUGACGCUGUCGAAUAGCAUCAUCACCUUCUCCUACAGCAAAGCCCAGCGAGACCUGGGCUAUAAGCCCCUCUUCAGCUGGGAGGAAGCCAAGCAGAAAACCACGGAGUGGGUUGGCUUUUUGGUGGAACAACACAAUAAGACCCCGAAAAUGAAGACUCACUGAUCUGGGGGUGGUGAGGAUCUCUAGGAGAGAUCUAGAAAGUUCUUCCCUUUCGGCUGCAUCCAGAAAGCAACAUGGGUACAGCCCAGACCCGACAGCCUCCCUUGUAUAAGAUACCCACCACGUUGUCUUCGUCCUGCUACUAGAAACCUUCCCAAGCCCACCAGAAGCUUCCUGCCUAUCCCCACCCCCCAGAGGUCAAGCCAGCAGCUGCCUAGUACCAAAGUCUUAGCUGCUGAGUCUGAGUUCUUUGGGCCUCUUUCAACUGAAAGUCUAACUUGUUAGUUUGCAUUUCCUGUGUUAAAUGCAGAAGUAUUUCUUUUCUUUUAAAAAUUCCUAUUUCUUUGCAUAGCUCAAUGAAAAGAAUAAUAAAUGGUUUCAUGCCUGAUGUAUGUGAAUGGUCACCUUCCCC